AAACAACCGUUGAACGUACACGUUCCACCAAAACAAGUUCCUUCCCGAGGCUAUUUUACAGAGGCCCCGCUGCUCUUUCUGGCGCUUAGCGCUGCCCAAAACGAUUGUGAUUGGUUUAAAGAAAUGCCAAUAAACCAGAACAUGUUUUUCUCCCAUCCCAGAAUGCUGUGUGGACUAGCCAGACCCUCCUCUGCAGCACUGUGGAGGAAGGAUCUGGCAAUGCGAAACUAACGGCAGUGCACUGAGGCAUAUAAUGACAUCCCGGCACACACACUCCAAAAGAAUCCAGGGACUGGACAAGAAUGUCUGGGUGGCGUUUACGUCAGUGGCAGCAGACCCAUCCAUUGUUAACCUGGGCCAAGGCUAUCCAGACAUCCCUCCACCUUCUUAUGUCAAGGAGGCACUAGCAGAGGCUGCAUCAGUGGACAGGAUGAACCAGUACACCAGAGGCUUUGGUCAUCCGUCUUUGGUGAAGGCCCUUUCUCAGGUUUAUGGGAAGGUCCAUGGGCGCCAGAUUGACCCCUUCAAAGAAAUCCUGGUCACAGUAGGAGGUUAUGGUUCCUUAUUCAGCACCAUGCAAGGACUGGUGGAAGAGGGAGAUGAGGUCAUCAUAAUAGAACCUUUCUUCGAUUGUUAUGUACCAAUGGUGCGAAUGGCAGGGGCCAAGCCUGUGUUGAUACCGUUACGCCUUAAGUCUGGAAAUAAGACAAUCACAAGUGCAGACUGGUUUCUCGACCCAGAUGAGCUUUCCAGUAAAUUCAACUCUAAGACAAAGGCCAUCAUCAUCAACACACCCAACAAUCCCAUUGGGAAGGUUUUCACCAGAGAUGAGCUGCAGAUGAUCGCCGACCUCUGUGUUAAACAUGACACUCUGUGCUUCAGUGAUGAGGUUUAUGAGUGGCUCGUCUACAGGGGACACCAACACAUCAAAAUUGCCACUCUGCCUGGAAUGUGGGAUAGGACAAUCACUAUCGGCAGUGCAGGGAAAACAUUUAGUGUUACUGGAUGGAAGCUUGGUUGGUCUAUAGGACCUGAGCACUUGAUAAAGCAUCUUCAGACUGUCAUGCAGAAUACUCUUUACACCUGCCCGACACCUUUACAGGAGGCUGUGGCGCAAGGUUUAAUGCGGGACUUUGAGCUGAUGGGUCAGCCUGAGUGCUACUUCUCCUCCCUGGCAGAAGAACUUGAGGGCAAGAGGGACCGUAUGGCUGCCAUCCUGCAAGAGGCUGGUAUGACUCCCGUCAUCCCGGAGGGAGGCUACUUCAUGCUCGCGGACGUCACAUCUCUCAAUCAGGACCUGUCACAUAUGGUCGGGGAUGAAGCCUACGACUACAAGUUUGUGCAGUGGAUGAUUAAAGAAAAGAAAUUGGCAGCCAUUCCAGUCACAGCAUUUGUUGGAGAUGAGUCCAAGAAGCAGUUUGAGAAAUACAUUCGCCUUUGCUUCAUAAAGCAAGACAGUACUCUAGACGCAGCAGAGACCAUCCUGAAAAACUGGAAGAAGAUGUAAUGGGAUGCAGUGUCUGAAGAGUUGAGCGCGAUUUCAGGGAGGAGCAACAAUUCUGCGGUCCAACUGAAGGAAUGGGAUUUAGUUUUUUUAAAGAAUAUUUUUUAGGCAUUUUAGGCCUUUAUUAUAUAGGACAGCUGAAAAUGUGAAAUAGGAGAGGGAGGGGGGAUCACGUGCAGCAAAGGGCUGCAGGUCGGAGCUGAACCUGCGGCCACUGCGGCCACUGCGACAAGGACUGAGCCUUUGUACAUGGGGCGCACGCUCUACCAGGUGAGCUAUCCAGGCGCCCCAAGGGAAUGGGAUUUGACUGUAAAAUUGCACACUAGAAACCUGUAAAAUGUAGGUGAUCAGCUGCCAAUUGUUAUCAGCCAAUAUUCAGCAUGUGAUCGGGAGAUCGGCAGUCAUGCUUAGCAUUUUUUUAUGUAGAUUGGUGCGCCUAAUGUGGAACCAAAGUUGACAAGCACAAGUUCCGCCCAGACAAUUACAUUAGCCAUUUGCCGUUAGCAACAUGUACUAAGGUUAGCACAGCAAGAGGAUUGCCGAGCUAGUCAGUCCCACUAUGACAGGUGAAACGGUGGAGCUGGAAGACCUGGCUGCGGGUUCCUGGUCAGACGACGGCGCCGUGUUGGCGGCGCCACACUGUUGUAGUGAAUGGAAACACAUCCAACACGCUAAUGCACAUUGAACUCGAUCACCAAGAUCACCGAUCCUUAGUCCUGCUGCUUUCAAGCAGCCUUUGACACAAAAGCAAAGCAGGGUGAAAGACAUUUUGAAGCAAUUUGCAUUUAAAUUUAAAUACACAACAAAGUAAUAAGGCACUUGAAGGUAGGGUUUGGCGGUAUGGCAAAGAUAUAUGAUUUUUUUUCAGGCAUGAUCACGAUCUACCAUCUCAGCACAACUCUUUUUGAGUAGUUCAGUAAUUAUUUUCCCAAUUUCUGAAUAGUACAACCACACUAAUAUCCUUAUUUAAAAAAAUCUAUAGCCCUACAAGGUAACAAGGUAAAAUACCACACCAAAUUCUGUUCUCAUAUUCAGUGCUCAUUUUAAAGCCUCCGGCGAUAGGACAUAAAUAUAUGAAAAUCUCUUUUAUUUAAUUCUCUCAUCUCCACCUCUCACCUGAGACACAGGUAUGCAACCUGCAGUUCAGCGCGGCUGCUGGCUCGUGUGAAUCACUCUCUUUUUUUUAAAGGAGCCAGGAAGCCGACGAAAAAGCCUAACUUUACUUUCAAUUAUAUCAAACAAGGAGAAAUGUUCUCUUUUAAAAUGGUCAUAAAUUGAUACUCGAGUAGCCUACUUCCUUGUUAACUGCAGCACCUGCAAUGAAGGAAAUCCAGAGGAGUAGAAAAGAGCAUCUGGCUCCACAAAAUCAUCUGUUGAAUGUUUGACGUUGAGUUAUUUAUUUAUGCUUUAGAGUGUAAUCGCUGUCAAUUCUAAAAUAUGCAUUAUUUCUCUCUUCCCUCGCCCAAGCUCGCAGUGCAAAUCUCUGCUGGGUGCAGAGAUCCUACUGUACUAUAGUCAUGUUUCCAUCUAAUUGUUAAGCGAUUUUUAAGCAAACUUAUAAAAUGUUGCAAAAAAGAAAAUGUGAAUUAGAAGCGUUUCCAUCAACUGGUUUAGAGCGUAUAAACUAGACUAGGCAAAGCGUAGUUUCGUCACAAGUUGACAUUACGCAAGGUUGUAGAUUGCAAACCGGCUUGCUAAAUCAAAGAGUUUAGAAGCUAAGUUAUUUGGCUAUUCAAGCUGUUGAACCAAUUCGUCAAUAUACCCGUCAUGGCUGAGAAACAGGCUAGCGCACCACAACUCCACUACGCACCUUGUUCCAUAAGUGUAUGGCGCACUGGAUGGGACUCAUUUCCCGAUCCUUACCCCACCCGAUGGAUACCGGGACUAUAGUCUUAUUCAGCAAAGCUGUUUCCAUCUCCCAUUUUGCGCUUUAACUCUUUUUCGAAAAAGGCAAAAACCACCUCAAGCGAAUGUAGCCGUUAAUAUAACACAUCCAUGUGUACAGCUGGACUGGAGUAGUCGACGUUAGCCGUUUACCAAAUAUGACGUGUAAAAUGCCCUGCCCAUUUCCAACACGUAAGGUAAUUGUUAUGCAUUGCUCCCUGGUUGUGCCAUAGGUGCUAUCUGAAAUUGCCUUGACCAGGGAUCAACCCGCGUUGACUGGCUUGGUUUGAAUUGCCAAAAUGAGGGUUGAACAUGUCAGAUAAACCUGGUCCAACCCUGGUCAUUGGUUUGAAAGAGGUACAAGGUCAUCAUAUUACAUUACAUUAUUCUAACAUAUAAUUAUAAUACGAUAUAGGAAUGUUCAGAAUAGGUAUUUAGUAAGUCAGGGCAACAGGGAAACAACAGUGACUAACUAAUUAAAACAUUUUACCCCAACGUUCAAUGGUGUGGGCUAUGGCGGUUUGUUUGUCAGUUAAUAUUUUCAUAGGGGUUUAACAUUAGACGGAAAGUAAGCCAGGGGCUGCUUUGACUGUACCUUUCUGCUGUAACUCUGUCCUUUUGCCCUGUGUUUAGUUUCCAAUAAAACUGGAACCCAGACACAGGUCUUGGGUUGGUUUGUUUUGUAAAAUAAUAGUUUAUACCAUAAUGGGGAGUUCUUUGAUGUUAAUCUUUGAUUACAAAAUACAAAGUUGGGAAGUAUCUG